AGUUUCCUUAGUGCUUUAAUUGGUCUGAGUUUAGACAUUGAGGCUCAGAGCUUGCAACCCAGUUGCAUUGUGAAGCAAAAGCUAGAAACUUUCUGGAGUUUGUGUUGUAAAUUUUUCUUUCCCGGAACUUUGUGGGAGAAAUUCUGUCACCCCCAACAAAGUGUUUUUUGCUUGCAGAUGUUUAAGUUAUAAUAUCUGCAACUAUGGAUAGUAAACGAGAAAAUUUGUUAUUAUCCUCAUUACCUAGACAACUGUUAUCAAUUGAUGAAGAAUUAUGGCGGAUGACCGAAGAGAGGAUACAAGAGAUACUAUGGACAAUUCAACCAAAUGUAUUAUCUGAGAUGAAUAGAAAGAAUGUUCUUAAUUAUGUUCAAAAGCUGAUUGGAGAUUACUAUGAUACAAAGGUUUUUCCAUUCGGUUCUUUUCCACUAAAAACUUAUCUUCCUGAUGGAGAUAUCGACUUGACGGUUAUUAAUCAUGAAGACGAAGAGGAGAAUUUGGCAAAAGAAAUAUGCACUAUACUUGAAUGUGCAAAUGACCUUAUAUACCAAGUAAAAGACAUAGAACAUAUACGUGCACAGGUUCAGGUUGUGAAAUGCACAGUGAAAAAUAUACCAAUUGACAUUACUUUCAAUCAGAUGACUGGACUUUGUACUCUAUGCUUUUUGGAGCAGGUUGACCAACUUGCUGGAAAGAACCAUAUUUUCAAACGCAGUAUUAUCUUAAUCAAGGCAUGGUGUUGCUACGAUAGUCGACUUCUUGGUUCACAGCAUGGCUUGUUAUCAACAUACGCAACAGAAGUAUUAGUCUUAUAUAUUAUCAAUCGUUUUCAUGCAUCAGUGCGUGAUCCUUUAGAGGUUCUAUACAUAUUUUUUGACUACUACGGCACAUUUGAUUGGGAGCAUAAUUAUAUGAGUAUAUGGGGUCCAAAAGCCUUAUCAUCCCUUCCUGAAAUUGUUGAUAGACCAGAAUGUGAUCAGGAUGAAUUCUUGCUCCAUAAAGAGUUUCUCAUAAACUACAGGGAUAUUUUCUCUUCCAAAGCAAAGUCAUCCGAGACUACGACCAAUACAUUUCCCGUUAAGCACAUAAACAUCUUGGAUCCUCUAAGAAAUGAUAACAACCUUGGUCGCAGUGUCAACGAAGCCAGUUUUCAUCGAAUAAGAUUUGCUCUUUCCUACGGUGCUAAAAAGUUUAAGCAGAUCUUCACGCUCGCAGGAGAAAACAUGGGUGAGGCACUGGAGAAGUUUUUCUUCGACACUUUGCAAAGGAAUGGGAAAGGAGAAAGGGCAGAUGUAGAUGUUCCUGUUUCUCCAUUUGGUACUGGAAGAUAUGAAAAGUCUGUCCUCGAUGGAGAUUGUGAUAGUUACUAUGGUGGCUCACAAUAUGCUCAACAAUAUCCUAAUUAUGCCAUGCCAACAACAACUAUACAUUCCAAUUCUCCAUCAUCACCUUCUCAGGACGAUAUCCUUGCACUAUCUACACAACAAAAUUGGAGUGAAGGUGAUCUCCUUGCAUUAUCAACACAACAAAACUGGAGUAUGUAUUAUCAAAGCGUUUACAAUGGAUAUAUCCCAGGACAAACACUUUUUCAUCCAACUUACAACUUUGAAGAAGGAGGAAGAUCACGAGGAACAGGCACAUAUAUACCUGACUUGAAUUAUAAUUGCUACUGGGAUAUACGUGCAAAGGUGAACAGGCCAAGGAGAUUUCCUUCUGCAAAGCACAAUGCAUUGCUCAAAUCAUGUCCCAAAAGGAAAGAAGCGGAGGAGGUUCAUUUUGAGACAAACAUGAAUGAUAAUUCAAAACCGUUUGAGCUUUCAAAUGAAGACUUCCCCCUUAUUCUAGGCAUUCGCAAGGCUACAUCGCCAACACAAGCACAGGAGUCAGCUCCAUUUGCAAAUGUUCAUUCUGAGACAAACAAGGAUGGUGGUAACUCAAGGUUCUAUGAGCCCUCAAAUGAAACACAUGCCAAAGAGCCUGCUCUGCUGGCAAAGGUUCUUUCUAAGACAGACAAGCAUAGUAAUCCGUGGUCGUUUGAGCUUGUAAAGGAAGAUUUUCCUCUUCUUCCAAAGGUUUGUUCUGAGCCACGCAUGGAUGAUAAUUCAAAGUCUUUUGAUCUCUCAAAGAAAGAUUUUCCCCCUCUUCAACGCAGUCACAAGAUUGUUCCAUCAAAGUCUAAUCAGCCAACUAAGUAUGAGAAAAUUUCAUCAUCCUCUAAAGAGUCUAAAUUGAAAAAUGUUGAGUUUGGAACUCAUAAGCUUUCACAAUCACUGGCAGAACAAAGUAUGUCAACAAAGGGUGAGAAAGAAAUUUCUGGUGUUUCAUCAUCCCAGGAAACUAAGCUGGUAGUUCCAAAGGUGGCAUUGUAGGGUAAAAAGGAAUCUCUCGAGAGGAAUGAGAAGAUGGAUUGACCUUUGACAAUGUUAACUUUUGAUAUUUUGUAUGAUAUUAAGGACACAGAGUUCUAGUGUGUUGCUUUGUUCUCGAUGGUUUCAUCUUCCCAUCUAGUAACUUGAAAUAAUAGUUAAAUGCUUUUUUCCUUUUCCUUUUUAGAUGUGAAAGAAAACUAGGGUGAAAAUAGAUUGUAUAGUCUCAAACUUCAUUGGAAAAAGCAAUUGGUAGGGAUGUUAACCAACUUUGUUUUGCUUUGAUUGAAAUUACUUAUCAUUACUCUUAGGGACAAAUGACAUCUUUGUGAUCCGAUGAA